ACUCAAAACAGUUACCAAAACGGUGCAUCAAGGUGAUGUCUGGUUUUAGAUUUGCUUCAUCAACUUUUGACUGCAUGGAUUUGAAGGAUAUCAAUUUAUCUAAUCAACUUUAUCGAUAGCUGAUUACAACCAGUCGAUAUCGCAGCUCAAAUUAAUUUGAAACUUUGAGUCAGUUGCAACUACGGCGUCUUAGGUAACAGGUGUUAACAGUUGUGUAAAUAUUUCAGAAAAAUGUUGACUCAAUUUGCUGGUAAUUUAUCGUGCACUGUCGAGGCGGGGCAAAUAUUUGUUAUCAGCGCGAGGCCCAUUGAUGAUGCCGAGAGAGUUAACAUCAACUUUCUGUCGGGAAAAUCCGACGAAGCAGACAUCAUUCUCCAUCUCUCUAUUCGUUUCCACGAUGAUAUAAUUGUGCGGAAUUCUAAACUCGGUGGCGUUUGGGGCGGAGAGGAACGUGAAGAGAACUUGAAUGAGCUGACUGCCCCGAACCCAACAACUCCAGGUGAUGUAUUCAAACUCUACAUUCUGAUCGGAGAUGAUCGGUUCCAUAUUGCCAUCAAUGGGCAUCCAUAUUGCACGUAUGGAUUCAGAGCAGCCUUGUCCGAAAUUCGCACCAUUACUGUGGUGAAGGAUGUUCAGCAAAUUGUGCAAAUGGAUCACCGACAAGCAUUUCCCACGCCCUUCCCGGCUAUUCAGUUCGAUGAAUCAUUGAACUCGUUCAGCAAUGAUGUGCCUAAACCGUUUUUACCAGGACACGUCAUCAUAAUCACUGCCAUACCGUUCGGCAACCCACGUGGUCGAUUCAUAAUUCGAUUCAUGGAAAAUGGCACCAAGCGCCAGGCACUACAUUUCAAUCCUCGCUUCGACCCCCAGUAUCAGGUUGUUCGAAACUCGCAUACCGAAAUGCUCGAAUUUCGCCGUGAGGAAGAAACUAGCGGAGGUUUUCCAUUCGUUAUGGAUCAGCAGUUUAAGUUGGCAAUUGCUUUCACGGAAAGUGAGUUCAAAUUUGGUGUGAACGGCAGUUAUUUCGAAGCCUAUGCCUACCGUAACGUCAAUCAAUUGGAUAUUUUGAACGGAUUCAAAGUACAGUGCAUCAAUGGCAUGCAGCUCGAAAUUACUAACGUGGACCACAUGAACAUGGGAGUGCCGGACUGUGAAGGAUUCGAAUCCUACUCCCACCCGGAAGUCGAAAUUUUCUAAUUCGAGGUUAAUUGGGCUAUUGGAAAUAAAAAAGAUUGAUUUAUGCAGGUACUUACCAGUA